AUGGCCGAUAACAAUCGAUAUAAUUCAUUGUCUCCAGAAAAACAACAACAAACGACGACGACGACAAAGGAAAAACCUUUAAUAACAUCAAUAUUAAAGGUGAUAGGAAAUAAAAAUGGUGUUAAUAAAGUGCGAACUACAACUACAUCAUUAUCACCAAUAUCAUCAUCAUCAUCGUCAUCAAUAUCACCAACAACAACAACAGCAAAUUAUCCAAGUUUAAAUCAAAAACGUGAAAGUGUUAUAACAUUCAGUCAUACACAACAACAACAGAACGAUCAAUCACAACAACAACGAUUGACAUCAUCAAUUUCGAAAUUAUAUUCAAAUUCGAUUCAUAAUGAUGAUGAUUCAAAUGAAAAUAUUCUCAGUCCAGAUGAUGAUGAUAAUGAUCGAACAAUCACCAAUAAACAGCAAAAUCUUUUAACAAAAUUAUCAUCAUCCGCAUCGUUAACCACAUCAAACAAAUUGAAUGGAACAUUAUUAUUAACAAAAUUAGCCAAUAUUGGUUGUAAAGAUAAAUUAUUAUCAUCAGAUAAUGAUGAUAAUGAACGACAAAUUAUAAUUGUCAAUAAUAUCCCGUUAACAAUUGACCAAAUAAUUUGUAUUUGUCAAAUAUUACAACGUUGUGAUUUAAAAAAAUUAGAAAAAUUCAUCUAUAAUCUUCCAAAUGAUGCGAUUUGUAAUCAAAAUGAAUUAAUAAUACGUGCACGUGCUAUUGCUGCAUAUCAUUCAGGAAAUUUCAAACAAGUUUAUCAUUUAUUAGAAUCAAAUGAAUUCCCAUUGAAAUACCAUCAAGAAUUGCAGCUAUUAUGGAAUAAUGCACAUUAUAAAGAACAUGAAAUGAAACGUGGACAUCCUCCCGGUGCAGUGGAAAAAUAUCGUAUACGUAAAAAAUAUCAAUUUCCACGAACAAUAUGGGAUGGUGAAGAAUAUGUUUAUUGUUUUAAGGAAAAAAAUCGACGAAUUUUAAAAGAAUUUUAUCUUAAAUGUAAUCUACCUACACAGGAAGAUAAAUUAAAACUAUCCAAUGAAACACAGUUGACUGUUGUACAAAUAAGUAACUGGUUUAAAAAUCGACGUCAACGAGAUAGACAGCCGCAUCACCACCAUCAUCAUGACAUUCAUAAUGAUCAUGAAGAAUUGCAUUCAGCACAUCAACAUCAUCGAAAUGGAAAAAAUGGUAGUUAUCAUCAAUACAAUCAUCAUCAUCAACAACAACAGCUUUUAGAUAAUGAUGAUGAUUGAUUGAUAAGUUAGUAUAGAUCUAAUAUUGGAAUAUCUUGAUAAUCAAAUAGAUUUUUAUAUGGAAUU